GCCCACAUGUUCACUACCGACGUGUGGCGAACCGCAAGCGUAUUCUCCCAGUUCAGACGGACUGCAAGUUCGGUGCGGUUGUGUGUGCUCUCCUGCUAUUUCACCUAUCAGUCCGCACGAGUUGCCCGGCGCGUGAAGGUAACAAGACCGAUCUAUCUGUCUCAGCUUACCUGCCGAUCGGCCGAUUAAAGAAUAGCUGAAUAGCAGUUGUCGCAAUGAGUGUGCGCGGCAAGCAAGUGCAAAAUGGUACAACCUACGAGUUUGAUUAUAUGCGAGUACCUGAUACCAGAACGCGUUGGCAGAUAUUUCGCGACGGUAUCCACAAUCCCCAAGAAGGAACGUAUUGUGGUCAUCCACCAAAAAAAUGGGGCAUGACUGUUAUCUUCUAUGCUUGCUUCUAUGCCGGACUGGCGAUACUUUUCAGCAUUUGCAUGAAAGCCAUGCUCGCCACAUUGAGCUACGAGAAACCGAAGUGGACUCUAAGUAGCAGUCUCAUAGGCACCAAUCCAGGUUUGGGUUUUCGACCGAUUCCGGAAAAUCCUGAUGAAAGAUCGCUCGUUUGGUAUAGCGCGUCGAAUGCAACCGAAGUACAAAAAUGGACGCGACGUUUGGAUGAGUUCUUGGAACACUACAUCAACUCGUCACUGUUACCGAAUGGCGGCAGAAACCAGCAGAUCUGUAACUACACUAUGCCAGCAAAAUCUGGUAACGUAUGCGCAGUCGACAUAAACAAUUGGGGCCCGUGUGCGCCAAGUCGACAAUACGGCUUCAACAACUCGGCACCUUGCAUCUUCAUUAAACUUAACAGGAUAUAUGGAUGGGUUCCUGAGUACUACAACGACACUCAGAAUUUGCCAUCCGAUAUGCCAGCUAGCUUAGUUAAUUACAUCAAGAGAAUCGACGCUUCAUGGCUAAAUACGGUUUGGGUGUCCUGCAGAGGAGAAAAUCCUCAUGACGUUGAAAACAUUGGUCAGUUGGAUUAUUAUCCGAAAGGACAUGGCUUUCCAGGAUUCUAUUAUCCAUAUGAGAAUGUUCCCGGAUACUUAAGUCCAGUCGUUGCCAUUCACUUUCGUCGACCAAUAAGAAACCAAAUCAUCAACGUGGAAUGCCGAGCAUGGGCGAAGAACAUUCAAUACAGCUCAAUUAGAUCCGAAAAGAAAGGUGCGGUACACUUUGAAUUGAUGGUUGACGAGUGAUCGUUGCAAAUCGCGACGUUGCGAUCAUAAGGGUCGUCACUACCCUCGGUAUCUCCGAUUUUGUAGUUUGAUUAUGUGAUUAGGAAAUCUUGCGGUACACAAAACGAAUUCAAGCAUGUCGAGAAACACCGCGAGGUGUUUGGAUUUCUCAUUAUGAUAACGAAUCACCCUUCGCAUCUGAAAGAAAUUUAUAGAUUAAUAAAUUCUUUAUUUUCUAAUGA